ACCGAAAGUAAAACAGUUCCGCAAACGGCUGAGUCGUCGCGACAGUGGACCGUUUGGGUUGUUCUUUGUGCAGUGCAGCUACUUCAGAAGCAGAUGGUGUUUCGUUUGUUAGACUAUACUUUAGAGCUGUGCAAAUUAUAUUGCGCCCUGGAGAAGAAUUUCUGCUCGGCUCUGUCUGAAGUAGCAGUUUAGCGAGUUGAGCUAACUAGCUGCUUAGCUUCAGCUUUGGCUUUGCAUGCAAAGCGGCUCUCACUGCUGCAGUCCAGUAAACCUUUGUGGGCUCAAGAGGGCUUUAAAGCGUUGUUAGCAUUGCUCUUAGUGUGUUAGUACAACGCCAUUCCUUCAGUUUUUGAGUUAAAUGUGGUGCUAAAGAGCUGUCGAGCAAGCUAACUAAGCUACUUUGAUUAGCUCUCGAGUUGUAAAAUUGCAGAUACUAGCAGUUUCACUGUAGAAAAUAUCAGUUCGAGGUACAAGCUAUAACUAAUCGGCCAUGAAAGAAUGAGCGCUUUACAGAAUGAGAAAAGACUGAAAUUGGAAGCUGACUGUCACUCUGAGAGUUUCUGUGCCAAAAGUGUGGAGGAAGCCACUGGAACACCCCGAGGUAAUUUAUCCACCAAUGUACUAGCACCAGCUGUGGACGAAACUGGGAUGGAAGUAAACAGCAACUUCGGAGGAGAAGUGAAGGUUGAAGACAUAAGAAAUGAUCAUCGUAAAUCAUUAGAGUGCAGUGAGAAGGAUGCUGGUCAGCCGAAAGAAAACGACAACCAGUUUGAUGGGUCGCUAAGACAAAAAGAUCCAGGUGAUCAAAAAUUCGAAGAAACUCAAGGAAGCACUAACUCCAACACAGAGGCGACGUAUGGACAGAGUUCACCAAAUAGCAGUGUUGGUGCUGAUGCGGUCAUCGAAAUGAAGCCAACCACUGAAGAGAUAGCUCUUGUGUCUAAGUCAACAGAUGCUAGUCUUAGCAACAUAAGUGUUUCCACGGAAAAGGCAAACUUGGAUCUUAGUUUAUCUCAGAACACAAGUGCUGAUGUUGAGAUGCUGAGCCCAGACAGCCCAACCUGCAAAUCCUUGCCAGGUAACAGGUCAGGGGAAGGGCAUGAUCCCUGCACAGAGUCUCAGGCACCUUGUGCUCAAUCCUCCUCUUCUGUAGAGUCCUCUAACCUCUUUGCACUUAGAACUGACCCUGGAACUGUCAAUGAUUCUGACGUGACAGCCAUGGAAACUGAUAAUUACGACGUGCCUGUCUCUGGAAAUUCAUUGACCGCAAACGAAGACUCCAGUGGCAGUCAGCCACAGGCAAGUGAGCGAGUGCCGGGGACUUUGCCACACGUUGACCCGAAAUGGUUGGGAACGCCUAUAGAGGAGUUGAGGAGGACGCCAAUGUGUGCUGAGGUUCUUCCUGCUCUCAGGGCAACAGACAAUCACAAAGUGCUCAUUACGACUGAGCUGCUGAAAGAAGGCGAGGUCCCUAUUCCGUUCCCGAGCAAGUUCGGAGAUGCCUGGGAUGAUAUGACUGUCAAGAUGCCCUGCUCAGAAAAGAACCUGUUUCCUAUGGAGAAUGGGGGAGGAGUGCAGAGUCGGUGGGAGCUCAUUGUUUCUGCCUUGAAAACUGAAUGCAAAAGUUCACUGGAUAUUCGGGAAGCGAUAUUGAGUUACAACACAACACAUGCAAAGAGAUGGGAUUUCACAGCUCUAAAUGUUCUCUGCACUGAUGUUCUGGUUCAUGAAGAGGUACAGUUUCUGUUUGACGUUACCCUGCCAAAGAUGGUAGAAUUAGCCCUGAGAACUCCCAACAUUUGCACCCAGCCAAUCCCCCUACUUAAGCAGAACAUGAAUCAGUCCCUGACUCUGUCCCAGGAACAAAUUGCCUGCCUGCUGGCCAACGCCUUCUUCUGUACGUUCCCCAGGCGCAACUCCCGCAAAUCUGAGUACUACAACUACCCUGAGAUUAAUUUCUACAGAUUGUUUGAGGGAUCUGCUCAUCGGAAGAUUGAAAAACUCAGAACUCUUCUUUGCUAUUUCCGAAGAGUCACCACUGAAAAGCCCACUGGCCUUGUGACAUUUACAAGACAAAGCCUGAAGAGUUUUCCUAAAUGGGAAAGUUUGGCUACCAGUCUCACACGACUUCAUAUCACUUGCGAGGGGACUAUUGAAGAUCAGGGAUAUGGAAUGCUGCAGGUUGACUUUGCUAACAGGAUGGUAGGAGGAGGGGUAACCGGACUAGGGUUGGUCCAGGAGGAAAUUCGCUUUCUCAUCAACCCAGAGCUUAUUGUCUCUCGUCUGUUUACUGAGGCUUUGGAACACAACGAGUGCCUUAUCAUCACAGGCACUGAGCAGUACAGUAAGUACUCUGGCUAUGCAGAGAGCUACAAAUGGAAGUCCAGCCACAAAGAUGAAACGCCAAGGGAUGAAUGGCAGAGAAGGUGUACAGAGAUUGUGGCAGUGGAUGCACUGAAGUACAGACAUCACAUGGAGCAAUUCCACCCUGACAAAAUCACAAGGGAACUCAACAAGGCGUACUGUGGUUUUGUGCGACACAACGUCGACACCCAGAACCUCUCAGCCAUUGCCACAGGAAACUGGGGAUGUGGUGCAUUCGGCGGAGACACACGACUCAAAGCCUUGCUGCAACUAAUGGCAGCAGCAGCGGCUGGCAGAGAUGUGGCCUAUUUCACGUUCGGUGACUCGACGCUCAUGAGGGAUGUCAAUGAUCUACACACGUUUCUGACAGAUAAACAUGUCACAGUGGACAAAUUGUACUGCCUCCUGAAGCAGUAUUUUAAUGUGGUGGUGAAGAACAGUCACAGUCAAAGGCCUGAUGUCAGUCUUUACGGCUUCAUCUUUGAUAGGAUCAUUUCAGAUCCUCCUCCUGCGCCCACUACAGCCUCCUCUCCUCCUCCAGAUGGACAUUAAUGCUGGCCUGUCAUGAACUGACAGGCAUCCUUAGUGCUUCCUUCUUUACAAAAAGAUCUUUUAGGUGAUUUUCUGAGAUGUGAUGGACGUCUCUGUACCUUUAUUGAGCUCGGGAAAUGCAAUACAAUCAUAAUAUACUAAAUAUGUGACUUGAGAGUAGAGUAACAAACAGUCCUCCUGGUUGCUGGUUACUUUGUGUUUCCCCAUUUACUAGAGAGACCUUUGUAGCCAGAACUACUGCAUGGUGUUGAAUUGUUUGCUUUAAAAUUAGGUGAAACAGCAUAUUAAACUUUGCUGGAUGAUUAUUACUCGGGCACUUAUACAGAUUCAGUACAGUAUGAUAGAUCCAUAUAUAACAUUAUAUGCAUGAAAACUCUUUAAAAUGCCCUCAGAUAUUCACUAUCGCACUCGAUUUUGAAAAAGGUCAGAGUAAUCUUUUUUUACCAUGUUUGGUUCAGAAAAGUAUUGUUAUAAUUGAGUUUUCAAUACAUGUUAAAUUUUACACAUUAAAGGAAAUUAUGUAACUGUUCAGUGAAAAUAUUUGUACUUUCAGUCUAAAGGUAGUGUUGCUACUUUA